AUGUUGUUAUUGAUGUUAUCGUCAUGGUCGUUACGGUUAUUGUUAUUGUUGUUAUGUUUUUAUAUUGCUGUUGUUAUCAUUAUUGUUAGUGCUAUUAUUAUUAUUGUUAUUGCUACCGUUAUCGUUAUUGUUGUUAUGGUUAUUGUUGUCAGUAUCAUUGUUAUUGUUAUUGUUUUUCCCUUUUAUUUGUUAUUGAUUUUAUUGUUAAUAUUACUAUGGUUAUUGCUGCCAAUAGUUACUGUUAGUGACAUUGUUGUUAUUGUUGUUAUUGUUAUUGUUAUUGACUUUGUUAUUACUGUUGCUGCUGUUAAGGAUACUAUUACUGCUGUCAAUUUCAUUUCCUUUUGUUUUGAAAAGUUUUAA